AAUUUUUAGCCAAAUUCUAAUUUCCCUCCUAGAAACUGACGCCAAAUUCUAACUUAUCUCUGUAGAGUCCAGAUCAACUCUCCAUUCUUCUCUUCUUCUGUGUUUUUUGCUUCUCAGUCUCCACUAAAAAUAGAGAAAAAAAAACCAAACCCUCACCCCCUGCCUUCGAUUAACUAUGCAAAAGCCAAGCCGGUGUCUUUUCCAGAUUUUAAUAUAUGCAAGUCGACGAUAACCUAAAUCAGCUUCAAUCUCUUCUCUUCGGAACCGAACUCGCCGACGAGAGAAAAGACUUCUCCUCCGCUCAGAUCUGCAGUCUUCGUCCCACAGUCCCACUCGAUCUUAGCUCGACCAUGCUUUCGUCAGCCUUAUUCUCCGCAAAGCCGUCUCCAAGCUCGGUGAGGCUCGUUGUCCGCGCAUUUCUGAUUCCGAUUGGUACGCCUAUUUCUCUUCCCCUCUCAGAGCUUCGACUCUCUUCACGGUACUAUUUUUCAAGUUGUUUUUUCCUUCGCUCGCUUAAUUAUUGCUACUGAUAGUGGGUUUGCCUUGGAAUCCUUGGAUUGUUGAUUAUGGAUUUUGGGUUCUGUAAUUUCAUACCAGUGAGUUCUUGUUUCCCCUAAAAUUGUUAAUUUUUGAUAUGAUCUGUAUUUAUUGUUUAAUCGUGUAUAUUAGGGUUAUAUUGAUCUUGUUAGGGAUUUGAGUGUGGAAUUUUGGGGAGCGGAUUCAGUUUACGAUUGAAUGUGGAAUUUUGUUAGGGAUUUGAGUGUGGAAUUUUGUUAGGAAUGACUGAAUGUUCUAAUGGAGUCUAAAGAUGGUAAAAAGUCUAGCAGUGGUAAAUCCUUAUUCUACGAAGCACCUAUCGGAUACAACAUUGAAGACGUUCGACCCAACGGUGGAAUCAAGAAGUUCAGAUCUGCUGCGUACUCCAACGACAGUAAGCGUAGAGGAGUUGAAAAUUUCUUGUGACUAGCAAUGGCUUAGGUAGAUGAUUACCUUCGGAAACAAGCUGUUGAAUUGUUGCAAGCUAUGAAUGGGGGAUACUAUAAAGAGGACAAUAUCCCCUGCCAGAUUGAAGAGGGUCUCUUCUUGGGUUCUUUUGGAGCUGCAAAUGACGAGGAAGAACUAAACAGGUUGAACAUUACUCACAUUUUGACAGUGGGUAGUGCAAUGCCUCCUGCAUAUCCAAAUGAUUUUGUCUAUAAGGUUUUAAAAGAUGGGAACAUUCUUCUGUGCUGUGGUGAAAUAAGAUGCUUUUUCAAAAUUGAGGUAGUUUCUGACGGACCAAGUACGAACAUAAAACAGCACUUUGAUGAGUGUUUCGAUUACAUUGAGGAAGCUAAAAGAUCUGGUGGCAGUGUGCUGGUUCAUUGCUUUGUGGGAAGAUCCAGAAGGUUUUGUCUCCCUGUCUACAUUAUUCCUGUUUCAGCUUAUUGACUCAUUUGUAGUGACACGUAUAUCAUGGAUCUGAUGACCGCACACUGUUGAUAACUGAUAAGUCCCAUAAAAUGUGAACCCCUGAAGUAUACUUCUACUGAUCUCUUUCUUGUAAAAUUGACAUAAUACAAUUUGCAAGGAGCUUUUAGGAUUAGUUUCUGAUAAGGAGUCCCAUACUCAAAAAGUUAAGCCAGUAAGCUACUCUUUUUACUUCUAUUUUUCUUUCCUAAUGCAAUUUUUACUCCUUUGG